AUAACACACAGAAGGUAUGGUUAAACAGGAAGGGUUUCCUGUUAUUGUACAUCAUCUUUGAAUGCCUCCAGAGAGAAGCAAAGCUCAUUCCGUGUGUGACUCUGAGAUGGACAUGAAAAUUGUGCUCAUUGGGAAAACUGGAGAUGGGAAAAGCUCCUCUGCAAAUACCAUUCUGGGAGAAGAAUUUUUUGAAGUAAACAAUGGACCCAGUGCAGUUACCACUCACUGCUCUUCCAAACUGAAGAUGAUCAAUGGACGCAAGAUUAAAGUGGUCGACACUCCUGGAUUCUUUGACAUUUGCAGACCUGAAGAGGAAAUCAAGAGCGAGAUUGUUAGAUGUAUCGCUGAGUGUUCACCUGGACCUCAUGCAUUUGUUCUUGUGCUCAAAGCUGAGAGAUACACAUUGCAGGAGAGGGAGAUAGUGAACAAGAUUACAGAAACAUUUGGUGAGGAUGCAUUAAAAUACACAGUGGUCCUGUUUACUAGGGGUGACCAACUAAAUAAGGGUCAGACUGAAUAUGUAGAUAAGAAUGAGGAGUUAAAAAGGCUGAUUCAGAAGUGUGGAGGCCGCUACCAUGUGAUUGACAACAAAUACUGGAAACCAGAGAACAACAGCAUUCAGGUUGAAAAGCUGCUGAACACCAUAGAGGAGAUGGUCAGAGAGAACGGAGGAGGCUGCUACACUAAUGACAUGCUGCAAGCAGUGGAUGAUGAAAUACAGACUGAAAUGAGGGAAAUAUUAUCAGAAAACAUAAACGAGAGUAUAAAUGUCAGAGAAGAAGCCGUUAAUAGAGUAACAAAUAAGCUCCUGGUGAAAUGUGCUGGUGUGGGAGCAGGAGCACUCCUUGGAGCUUUUCUUGGUGUCGGAACGACAGCCGCCUUGGCUGUCAUAGUUGGAAUAACUGCAGGUGAAUUACUGUCUCAGUCAACAACCGUGAGUUUAGCGGAGUUUGCAGGAAAGGCCACAGCAGCUGCUGGAGGGAUUGGCACUGCAGCUGGAGCCGUUGUCGGCAUAAGUGCAGUUGGUGGAGCCAUUGGAGGAGGUAUUGUGGGUGCUCAGGCAGCAGAGGGUGCACUAACUGCAGGCGAAGCAGCAAGGAAGGCAGUAAAAGCAAACUUAACAAAUGCAAAAAGUGUCGUUGACACUGCUAAAAAAUUAAAAAAUGAAAUUAAGGAAGCUUUCAAUACACCUAAUGACCCCAAUAAGCAAGGUUUCAAGAAACUGGAAUAUUCUUAACCCUAACCUCCAGCCUUUGAUGUUUUGAUGUUUUUACCUUUUUAUCUUUGAAAUGCACAAACUUCAGGAAAUGCAGCACACUUAUCAAGUUUUUUUUUUUUAAUUAUUGUUUUUAAUAUUAUUCUUUGACCUAAGACCUUUGAGAUUUAAGAUUUGUUCAUAUUAUGUCAAUGUGCAAUUAAAUUUUUUCUAUCGA